AUGGAGAAAAAAUCAGAUGCAAGAAUGUUGCAGGGCCUGAGAAUCUCCGAGGAGCCGGGAGACCGCGUGCCUCGGGCGCUCGUGAGCGCUAUCUCCGAGCUAUCUUUGAAGGACGCCACAGUCGGCGCCUUCGGUGUAGCCUUUGCGCCCGCUGCGGCCGCAACCCACGCCGGGCGUGCCUCGGGCGCUCGUGAGCGCUAUCUCCGAGCUAUCUUUGAAGGCGUGCCUCGGGCGCUCGUGAGCGCUAUCUCCGAGCUAUCUUUGAAGGACGCCACAGUCGGCGCCUUCGCUGUAGCCUUUGCGCCCGCUGCGGCCGCCGCCCACGCCAGGCGUGCCUCGGGCGCUCGUGAGCGCUAUCUCCGAGCUAUCUUUGAAGGCGUGCCUCGGGCGCUCGUGAGCGCUAUCUCCGAGCUAUCUUUGAAGGACGCCACAGUCGGCGCCUUCGCUGUAGCCUUUGCGCCCGCUGCGGCCGCCGCCCACGCCAGCGUGCCUCGGGCGCUCGUGAGCGCUAUCUCCGAGCUAUCUUUGAAGGACGCCACAGUCGGCGCCUUCGCUGUAGCUUUUGCGCCCGCUGCGGCCGCAACCCACGCCAGGCGUGCCUCGGGCGCUCGUGAGCGCUAUCUCCGAGCUAUCUUUGAAGGCGUGCCUCGGACGCUCGUCAGCGCUAUCUCCGAGCUAUCUUUGAAGGACGCCACAGUCGGCGCCUUCGGUGUAGCCUUUGCGCCCGCUGCGGCCGCCGCCCACGCCGGGCGUGCCUCGGGCGUGCCUCGGGCGCUCGUCAGCGUUAUCUCCGAGCUAUCUUUGAAGGACGCCACAGUCGGCGCCUUCGCUGUAGCCUUUGCGCUCGCUGCGGCCGCGGCCCGCGCCAGGGCCAAGGGCGGCCGCGGCAAGGGCAAGGCAGGAGAGGACAAACCCAAGCUGAAGGUGGUGGACGAGUGGAACCACCUGGUGAAGAAGGUCUACAAAUCGUACCCCGACAAGGACGUGGGUGGGUCCAUUAAGUACGGCGGGAAGAAGCUCUUCCGCGUCGACACGCUGCAAGAGUGGAACACUCCCGACUAUUGCGAGCUCACCGCGCGGACGCCGCAGGGGUUGAACCUCACCUUUGCCACGCUCGCGGAGUCGCUCCCGGCGGUUGCCGCCGCGGGCCGCCAGGACGAGUGCACGGGUUUCCAGCAGCUGGCAGAUCUUUUUGAUGAGGCUACUUUGCGCCCGCUGGCGGAGCUUGCCCAGUUCGACGCCGAAGGCGAAAAGGAGGACCGCCAGGAUGCCGUCCAGAAGUUGCUCGAGUUCGCGGGCGACAAAGACGAGGUCGCGAAGCGGCUGAAGGCUCUCGGGACCGUCGCCGACACCGCCACGCGCCUGUGGGCGUUUGCGGCAGGCAUGGGCCAGCUGAUCGCCGCCGCCCAGGACCCGAAAGAAUGGGCCGAUAAGGUGGCGGAGCCCGACAAGCAGCACAAGAGCCUCAAGUCCUGGCUGGACAGGCCGAAGAGGCUCGACAAGUUGGCGGAGGCGACGAUUGCGGCGUACGAGGACCGCUUCUACUGGGGUGGCAAGAAGAGGCGGUGGCAGAGGUACGGCAAGAGUGACGCUUCCGAGGAGGAGUCUGGCGACGAUUCUAGCGGUUCUUCGAGCUCGAAGUCCAAGCAGAAGAAGAACAAGAAGAAGAACUCGAAGAAGAAGAGGGACAAGAAGAGCAAGAAGAAGAGCAGCAGCAGUUCGUCCUCUUCGUCCGAGGCGAAGAAGAAGAAGACGGUCAAGAAGGAGAAGACCAAGAAGAAGAAGAAGAAGAGAGGCAGCUCGUCGUCUGCCUCGGAGUCUGCGCCCAAGAAGAAGAAGGACAAGAAGGUGAAGAAGCGCUCCAACUCCUCGGAGGAACCGGAGCCCAAGAAGCCGAAGGACGAGAAGAAGGACUCGAAGGAUAACGGCACGGACGACAAGAUCACGCCAAAGGAGGAGGCGUUCACGCAGUGGUCUCUCUCGGCCGCGCAACGGGUUGCCGCCGACGCAGAGACGUGCGCCACCGGCGCGUACACGCUGGAGGACUUGAAGAAGCUGUUCGAGUCCGUGCCGGAGCCCGUGCGUGAGCUGGCAGGGGUAUCGACGUUUCUCUUGGAGCUGGCCGAGAUGAAGACCGCCCCGCCGAUCGCCACUGCGCGGGAGCCCCUGACGGCACUCAAGACGGUCGGGAUUCAGUGCGAGAAGUGUUGCAGCUCCCAGCAGUGCCGCUUCAAUCCGCACGAGGCUGGGAAGAAGGCGCAGGCCAAGUUCAACGGUCGCUGCAUGUGGUGCUCGCCGGUGCGCCUCGAGACGGUCUGCAAGGACGCGCGGCAGUCCAAGUUGGCGGCGAGGUUCUUGGUCAUUCUGAACGACUUGGACAACGGCAUCUUCGACGUGGCCGUGGAGCGUCUCGCCGCCCACGAGAACGGAGGCGACGUCGUUGACCGCGCCAACGCCAUCCUGGCCGAGCGCGGGGAGCUCGCGGACGGGGCGGCAGAGGCAGCGGCGCCGCUCGAGGAACGGCCGCCCGAUGACGAAGAUGCGCCAGAGUUCCCGCCUCAGCCGGCGCCCUUGCCUCAGGCGCUGGCGCUGGACCCGCGGCCAGCGUCGCAGCAGCGCCGGGUUCAACGGCUUUGCGAAGGCUACGCGCUGGCGCGGGCCAUGGGUCGCCAGCUCCGCGGCAAGCAGGACUGCGGCACGUGCGUCUUCUCGACGGCCGCGCCCGGGAAUCGCGCUAAUGCGCUUGGCGGACAAUGCGUGUUCUGCACACCAGAUCGCAUGAAGGAGGCCGCGAGGGAUACAAUGAAACAGAAGCACGUCGUCGCCGCCUUGAAGAAGUUCGAGAAGGAGAAGCCCGCAGUCGAAGGUCAGAAGCCCGCGGUGUACGAGAAGGCGCCGGGCCGUCUCCGCAGGCACUUGACAGUGGGCGAGUUCAAAGACAUCGUCACGCCGAAGCACUGCUGCCGCGGCGCCGGCGCGGACAUGUGCCUCUUCAACACUAAAUCCCCAGGGGCUCCGGCGAGAGUCCAGAAGGAUGACAAGGGUCUCUGCAGCUGGUGCAAUCCGGAGCGGCUGCGGGACAUGCAGACGAGCAGGGCAGGCGGCGUGUUGGCGCAGCUCCAGGCGUUCCGGCAGAAGGACGCUGCCGUUGCCGCGAACGCCGAGGCGAUUGCCAAGGAGAUCCUGGGAGACGACUACAUGGCCAAACUGCAGCAGAAACGCGCCAGGGCUCAUCAGCAGCGGGCGCGGCAUCUCCGGCGCAAGGGAGACCAGAAGAAGCAUUGGGCCGAGGCGCUCAAGAAGCGCAAGCUGCAGAGGGAGUCGCCGCAUGACGACCGGGAGACGCGGAAGAGGUACAGGGCGGGCGUCCUUGCCGACCAGAAGAAGGUCAUGAACUCUUUCUUCCCAGACGAGGCCGAUCGGAGAGCGCGGGGUCGCGCGGACGACGUCCCGGCGCCGGAGGACGCUCUCCCGCCGCUGAAGGACGCGACGCACUCCGACUUGUCUGCAGGCCUACGCUCGUGGCUGGAGCGCGGUUCCUGGGGGAAGUGCGUGAAGUGCGGAUGCCUGCAGCCUCGGCCAAUGCACGAGAUCGACUUGGCUGGCGACCCGAAGGUGGAGGUGCGCGAGAGCCAGUGUCGCCGCUGCAACGCGGCGCGGGAUUACUGGGCGCCGACGCCAGACGAUGUUCCUCGGGCGCUCCGCAAUCUGUCCGACGACAUUGUAAAGGCCCUGAGGCCGAUCGAGGUGGACGUGGGCCCGGAGACGCGCUCGACGGACUCGCUGGGGCGCUGGAACGGCUACCGCAAGAAGGUGAAGAUGAUCACCUUCUACUUCUCGAAGUGGCAUGUGGAGGACAAGAUCAAGGAGCUGGAGGGGAAGCAGGCGCGGAGCACAGCCAGGAAGGCGCACAGGUAUUUGCUCUCGUGCGAGGAGUCAGCGUACCGUUGGUUCCACGACAUGCACGAGAAGUUCAUUGCCAAGCACGGGGAAGACGCGGCGGACAGAAAGAGGAAACGCCCGUACCAUUUCCUCCAAGAGGUCGGCCUCGAGUGCGCGUUGUGGCCCAACCUGUACUGGCGCACGGACAUGACAGAGACCCACGAGCAGUGGUCUGACGUGCGGCGCGAAGAGAACCGCGAGGCGAAGGACCCGAAGAAGAAGCGCGCCAAGUACGGCUACGACAGCGAUGAGUCCGAUGCAGAAGACGGGCAUGGCAAGUGCGGCGCGGACGAGCUGGAGCAGGGCGACGACGGAGGGCAACGCACCAGUGUCAAGCGCUCUUUCAUGGCGAAGUGCCUCUCGGAUCUGAUUGGAUAUCAAAGCGACUUCGAGCUUCUCCAGUUCGUCUUCGACUUGAACCUCUGGGCUACUCUAGGAGCGAAGAAAAAUUUGAACUUGGAGAACGUGCCAAUGCGCAUCCGCAUGAAGGGCCACCCGUUCUCGCCGCUGUACUGGAAGGACACGCUGAACGCGCUCGUGGACCUCGUUCGACAGGUGGGGCUGCCCAAGCUGUUCUUCACGAUAGCGCCGUGGGAGCAGUCCUUCCCGUACCACGAGUGGCUCCGCGACGAGAUGCACAAGACGCUGAGGACGCGGAUGCACUUGCCCGUGGGUGAGACCCUGCACAUCACCCACUCGCUCAUGCAGAUCGUCCGCGGCGUCAUCGCAGGCAACAACCAGCAGAGCCAGGAUCGGGCUGAUCGGAAGUGGAAGAAGCACGUCUUCUCCUGCAAGACCGAGGACGGCAAGACGACGAAGACGGUCACGUCGUUCACGCGCUUGGAGUUCCAGGACGGAAGCCGCAAGGAGGGGACGAAGCGCUACGACGGAUCAGGGCGCCCACAUUUGCACGUGCUGUUCUUCGCGGAAGAAGACGUCCUGGCCGACGCCAAGCUCGAGCGGCACCUCUUCGCUUCGAAGCCUGAUGAGUUCAGCGAUCACCUGAAGGGCUACAUCGACGGCUCGCAGUUGGACAAGCGGGGCGCUUCCGAGAGCAAGUGGCCGGUGUACAGUGGAGAGCCAGGGUACCAUAUUCAAGCAGAGAAAUUGUUGCUCCAGCAUUCCCAGGCCGACAAGGAAGCGGGACUCCGCGCUUUCUGUGUAGACGUCAUGGACGCUGUCCCCAUCCACCAGGACUGGUUGGAAUCGGAUGGGGAGUCGCUGCUCUUGCAAUACGUCACGAAGUACGUGGCAAAAUUCUCGGACUCGAGCUACGACGAGUGGAUGAAUGACCAGGCGUCCGCGGACAGCGUGGCUCGCAGAGUCUGCUUCGAGUACCACCCGUACGAGCCCGAGAUGAUUCUGCAGCUCUGCGGUGCGCAGUUCCGCCAGGUCGACAUCUCCACGGUCAGCAGAGGGUGGAGGUCGGUGACAGCUCCUUACGUCGGCAUGGCGGAGACGCCCGCGUGGGUGGAGAAGUACGCCACCUGCGAGUGGCGGAGCGAGGAGAUGUGCCUGCUGGAGUGGCUGCGGAAGACGAACGACGAUGGCGGGAUUGCUGGGUGGCUGAAAGCUCGCCACAAGGCGGCUCUAUACGAGGCCGCGUACCAGCAUCACUGUGCCACGUUGACGCCCGGAGGAGAGCCGCCGUCGCCCGCGGGAUUUCGCAGCGAUCUCCGAAAGCAGUACAAGCAGAGCGGCGAGGGUGCCCCGUUCUUGGUGUGGAUGGAGGAGAUGUCCGUGCGCGCGGGCGCGAGCGCCGCCGAGUUCCCCUCGCUGGAGGAGUUCGCGCGGGACUACGUCGUGAGAGGCGAGAAGAUAGUCGCGGUGGACACGGUGUUCGAGUUCAACGACCCGUACUACGGGCAAUGGGCGGCCAUGAACGUGCCGUUCCGGGACUUGGAGGAUUUGCGAUUCGACGUGGUGGACAAGCUCGUGCCGGCGAAGUUCCGGCACCUCGCCGCGGCGCUGAAGCUCUGCGCCGAUCGCAGCAGAGUCCCCGAGGAAUUCCGCGAGCUGUUCGUCGACGAGAGGAAGUGCAUGGAUCACGUGAAAAGCGCGGCGAGCUCCCAGAAGUUCAGCGAGAGCAAGAACGACGAGAGAACCGCGCGGGACGCCGAGGCCGCCGUGACCGGGGGCCGCCGGCAGGCGCGCGAUGGAGCGCAAGCAGAAGUGACCUUCCUUCGGAAGCAGUUGCACUUCGAGGAGACGGUCAACGAGAGCGUGGACCGCGCCCUGCAGGCGAAUCAUUCGGAGAACUGGGAGGAGGCAGACGAGGCGCGCGAGGAGGCUUUCCAGAAGAACAAACCGAUAGUAUGCCUCGGAAAGCCAGGGACGGGGAAGACCACGUCGUCAAAGUGCCUGCUUAUCGCCGCGUCGCAGGACGAGGCGCUCCCGCUGAUGACCAUGUACGACCUGGUCGUCGUGGACGAGGUGUCGCUCUUGGACUGCCCGCAGUUCGAGCGACUGAUCAAACUGUGGAGCGUGGCAGAGAGAGUGCCCGCGCUGGUCUUCCUUGGGGAUAAGUACCAGCUGCCGGGGGUUGGAGAGACGCGUCCGUGGGAGAGCGCUGCGUGGCCUCGCCCGAAUUGCUACCACGUGAAACUGGACGAGACGUGGCGCUGCAAGGAGGAACGCUUCCAGCACAUCCUGGACGAGCUCCGCACGAGCAAGCCGUCGAAGGAAACGCUGCAGAAGAUCUGUCGCGGACACAUGGCAUGGAAGAUCGGCGCGCCGACUCCGGCAGACCUGAAGGCGCUGUUCGAGAAACACCCGGAGACGCGGAUUGUGACCUGCACGCGCAAAGGCGCCGCCACCGUGAAUGAGGCCGCCAUCGUUGCUCUGCACGGCCGGAAGAGUCCCCUGGGUACGCUCCCCGGUGACGUGGAGCUGAAUCCGGAGAACUAUUGGGACGGCAAAUUUCGCACGGACCGCCGGCCCAUUCCAAGCGCAGUUCCCGUGCACAAGAAGAUGAAGGUCUACUUGACGAAGAACGUGCGCAAAGAGGAUGACUACGUGAACGGCAUGCUCUGCGAGGUGGAGAAUUAUCAUGCCGACGAGGACAUGCUGCGCGUGCGCACCAAAACGGGCCACCGCCUGGCGAUCUCUAGGUGGACCGAUCGGGACAAGGGGAACGCCGUGUACUUCCCCAUCCGCCCGGGGUAUGCCAGCACAAUAGACAAGGUGCAAGGAGAUGAAUUUCCUCACAUCACGAUUUACCUGGACGGGUAA